AUGGACUUGCCGCCGCGCCCCGCGGCCGCCGGCCGCGUGCGCGGCAUCUAUGCGCGCGAGGACGAGGCGGCGGCGUUCCUCCGGCGCGGCAUCCCGACCUUCGCCACGGGCGACGCCUGCUCCGCGUGGAUCCGGCAGCACUGCGCCUCCCAGCAACCUCUGUCGAACCCCGAGCGGCCGCACAUGCAGCAGCUCUUCACGACGAGCGUGACGGAGGCCCAGCUCCGCGCGCACGUGGUGGACGCGCGCGGCGCGUACCUCGCGGCGCCGACGAGCUCGGCGCGGCGCGACACGCCCGGCAACCGCUGGACGGCCGGCCGGGCGAAGCUGGUAGGGGAGGAGAUCGACGCGCGACUGGCGUCGCCGCUCCACGACAAGCGCCCGCCGGCGGCCGCGCUCGCGACCCUGAGGUACGCCUGGUCGCACCUGCGCUGCGGCGUCUACGUCCUGAUCCGGGACGGUCGCGUUAAAAUUUUCGCGCCGUUCUGCAACCAGGACUACGCGAACGGCUGGGGCGCCUCCCUCAGGUUGGGGGGCGACCUGGGCGUCGACGCCUACUACAGGCGGAAGCGGGAGAGGUGCGGCGGCCGCGAGGAGUUCGUGCUCAAGGACAAGUCGGCGUGGUGGGCGAACGGCAACGUCGUCUGCAACGAGCACUCGCAGGAGGGGCUGCCCGCCCAUCUGUCGCAGCUCUGGGGCGACCGGUUCCUGGCGCCCUUGAGGCACAUGCUCGACGAGGUCUGCGCGACGCGGCGCGUCGGCGACUGCGAGUUUUUCGUAAACAAGCGGGACUACCCGCAGCUCAAGGCGAACGCGUCGGAGCCCUACGGGUUCAUGAUCGACAGCGACGACCGCGACCCGGCGCAGGACGCCACGCUGCCGCGACUCAGGCGGGGGACGAAGCUCGCCCCGGUGCUGUCCUUUUAUACUUCCUCCGUCUUCGCCGACCUCGCGCUGCCGCCGUCCGAGGACUGGGAGGCGGCCGUCGGCGAGGUCUUCCCGCCGUCGUUCGAGCACAAGGACGGAGCUCCUCAGGUCAAGCCGCGCGACCUGUUCACGGAGGCCAAGUUCCGAAAGUUCGAGAGGAGCUGGGCGGACAAGAGGGAGACGGCGUUCUUCCGCGGCACGGCCACCGGCGGCGGCACCUCUACGGAGACGAACCAGCGCCUCGCGCUCGCGGCCCUCGAUUGUCGGACCGAGGGCGGCCUGAUCGACUGCAAGCUGACGGGCUGGAACCGCCGGGACAAGAAGGUGUUCGACGGGCCCGUGACCCACGUCGACCCGGCCGACUUUCGCUUCGCCGCGGGGCGCCAGAACUUCGUGCCGAUCUUCGAGCAGUCCGCUUAUAAAUAUCUGAUCUACGUCGAGGGCCACUGCGCCGCCUGCCGCUACGGGUUCAUGAUGCGGUUGGGGAGCGUGAUCCUCAAGGUCGAGUCGCGGUGCGUCGCCGAUCGCACGUGGUACAUGCCGCUCCUGCGGCCGUGGGUCGACCACGUGCCGGUGCGCGCCGACUUGUCCGAUCUGCUGGAUAAAGUGCGGUGGUGCCGGGCGCACGACGAGGCUUGCAAAAAGAUCGCGCGAGAAGCGCGCCGGCUCUGGGACGCGUAUUUGGAUCGCGACGGCGUCCUGGACUACCUCGCCUUGACGCUGAACAAGGUCUCCGAGAGCGCCGUGCGACCGCCGGCGUGGCUCGGCGACGCGGACGCGCGGUCGCGGGCGCCGCCCGCGCUCGGCGCGCCUCGCGCUGACUGCGUCGACGGCGCCCCGUGCGCGCGGUGCGCUUCCGACGCGAGCGCGGCGCGCGCGGCCGCGGCGCCUUUGCAAAAGAGCGCGCCCACCGCGGCGCAGCCCCGGACGGGGGCCGGCGACGCGGCGCUCCGCGCGCGGCGGCUCAAGCGGCGGCGGGGCGAUUAA